CUGAUCUUACUGUAUGAUGACUCUUUCUUCCCCACAGACAUGGAUGGGCACAAUCAGACUACAAUCACAGAGUUCCUUCUCCUGGGACUCUCUGGAAAGGCAGAGCAGGAAGAGGUCCUCUUUGGGUUGUUUUUGGGGAUGUACCUGGUCACCAUAACAGGGAACUUUCUCAUCAUUUUGGCCAUCAGCUGUGACCCUCAUCUCCACACACCCAUGUACUUCUUCCUGGCCAACCUCUCCAGUGUUGACAUCUGCUUUUCAUCAGUCACUGUCCCCAAGAUGCUGGUGAAUCACAUAGUGGGCAGUGAGUCCAUCUCUUACAUGGAGUGUGUGACCCAGAUCUACUUCUUCAUCACUUUCAUCAACAUGGAUGGAUUCCUCCUGAGUGUCAUGGCCUAUGACCGCUAUGUAGCCAUCUGUUGUCCACUUCACUACACCAUGAUCAUGAGGCCCAGACUCUGUGUCCUUCUCGUGGUCAUUUCAUGGGUCAUUACAAACCUGCAUGCUCUCUUACACACUCUUCUCCUACUGCAACUUACCUUUUGUUCCUACAAUGCUGUGCACCACUUCUUCUGUGACCCCUACCCUAUUCUAAAGCUCUCUUGUUCAGAUAUCUUUAUCAAUGACCUGAUGGUCUUCACUGUGGGUGGAGUGAUAUUUCUGACACCAUUCACAUGCAUCAUUGUUUCCUAUGUCUACAUCUUCUCUAAUGUACUGAAGCUGCCAUCUGUCUAUGGGAUAUGGAAAGCCCUGUCCACAUGUGGGUCUCACCUCACUGUGGUCUCCCUCUUCUAUGGGGCGAUCUUGGGUGUCUACAUGCGCCCUUCAUCCUCCUAUUCAGUACAGGACACAGUAGCCACUGUCAUCUUCACAGUGGUGACACCCCUGGUCAAUCCCUUCAUCUACAGUCUGAGGAAUCAGGACAUGAAAAGAGCCCUGAAGAAGGUAAUUCUCAGAUCCUAG